AUGCAAUUUGGGAAAAGAGUAAAGUUCACGGCUUUCUCGCCAGAGUAUGCCCCACGGUGGCCGUCGGCGGUCACUUCCGCGGCAGUGGGUACGAAGUUAGGGUUGUCAGUGGACGCUCAAAUCGUUGAUGCCAACGGAAGCCUUCUCGAUUGGAAAUCCAUGGGGGAGGCCUCUUCUGGGAAAAUCGCGGCGGCGACUGAUAAGGUUUCGGCAUCGUUGUUUCUUAUAAGAUCGGCUUAUUGA